AUGAUUGCGCCUUGCCCGACUGGCUCUCCACUUCUCGACUUUUGUCUGCCGAAGUUCUCGGAGUUUUCAGACCAACAGAACAGACGGGCGCUUGUGGAUCACUUCUGCAAUGUCUUGUCACAUCUCAUUGUCUUCCGCGAGGAAACGGGCAACCCGUUCCAACAGCUGGUUCUGCCGCUCACCCGAGGCAGUUCACCGGUGACGUACGCAAUAUUCGCGCUUGCUAGCGCGCAUCUGGAGUACCGGGGCGUUGAGAACGCGGAGAAAUCCCUAUAUUUCCACAACAUGGCUAUCAGGGGCGUUUCGCAACUGAUUGAGCACAACAGCCAAACCAGCCGGAACGAGAUUUUAGCUGCCAUCAUGUUACUGGUCUAUUACGAAUGUCUUGUCCAGAAAGGCCACUCCAACAUUGUAGCCGGUCACCUUAAAGGCGCCCUGACGAUCAUGGCCAGCGACCCUGACUCGUCAGACCCGACGAGUAUUUUCUUAGAACGCGCAUUCCGGUUCUAUGACGUGAUCACGGCGCUCUCGAACGGCACCACCCCGCUCUCCGCUGCACCUACGCCUGGCUGCCUCCUCCCACUCUCGCCCUUAGGAGUACCCUCUGCGUCCCCCUUGGGCAACGUGGAUACGCUGCUGGGCAUGUCCACGACCCUGUGGCCCAUCAUUCACCGACUCGCCGGCCUACGCGCGCUAAAGAACGAUUUCGAGACAGCGAUUCGCACCAACGAAACGCCUUCCAAGAUCGCUGUCCUCCGUACCGAAGUCGAGUCCACCGCUCAGGCGAUCGAAUCUGCCCUGCUCCAAUGGCAACCACAGCUCCCGCCAGGUUUCAGCCCCGAUGAUACCGACUGCUCCAACCCCACGGAUGCCGAGACCCACCCACUAACCAACACCACCCACUCCGCCGAAGGAUCCCCCGGCCCUUCCCCGUCGAUUCCGUCUCCAGACCAAGCACGCCUAGCCUCCAUCCUCCACAACGCCCUCGCCUACCGCCACGCCUCGCUCGUCUACCUGUACCGCACUGUCCUUGGCCAGCCUCGCGCCAGUCCCGCCGUGCAGAACCACGCCCAUCUCGCCAUCGUACAUUGUGUCGCCACCGUGGGCCACAAGGGUCCCAUGUCAGCGCUACUGUGGCCGUUGUUCGUCUCAGCUUGCGAGGCGGUUACGAGCGAGGAUAGAAAAUUGACAGAACGGGCGUUUGUCGAGGUCGAUAAGAGGCAGGGCAUGCGGAAUAUCGAUCGCGCCUGGGGCAUUGUGAAGGAGGUUUGGCGGCGGGCGGAUAAGGCUGAACUAGAUGGUGCGGAUGGAGAUCUGGAGCGGGGCGUCGUUGGCAUUGGCACUCGGGGAGAUGGAGGAGGGGAGGAAAUGUGGCGGAGGGUGUGUAGGGAAAUGGGGGUUAGUAUCGUGUUUGGAUGA